CCGCGAGAGGAGGUUGGCAACGGUGGUACGGGUGGUGGUCCCUGCUGCCGCUGGGUGGUGGUGGUGGUGGUUGUUCGCCGUGACACAGUGGUGGAGCGAAGGCACGAAGGACACGACCGUGAGAAGAAAGAGGGUUGUUAUGGGGCGAGAAUCCCGUGGCGUGCUGCUGCUCGUCGCGCUGACCGUGCUGGCAGCCGCGGACGCCUUCUCGACCGACAGUAAACUAGCUUGUCCUUUGAGGCAGUUCCGAUGUGCCAAUGGCAGAUGCAUACCGAUCUCGUGGGUCUGCGACAAAUCGGACGAUUGUACUGACAAUUCCGACGAAAGCCCGGAGGAAUGCAAAAACACUCAGGAAUGCAAGGAUACGGAGUUCAAGUGCAGUAACGGCAGAUGCAUACCCAAUAUAUGGCAUUGCGACGGCGACCGAGAUUGCCCGGACGGCAUCGACGAGGACCCGGCUGUCUGCAGAUUGAUACCGUGCAACGAAAGGGAGUUUGAAUGCAGUCCAGGCGAGUGCAUUCCGAAGACGUGGCUGUGCGAUCAUCAGACAGAUUGCUCCAACGAUCUGGACGAGAAGGAUUGUCACAGGACCAAGACCUGUACGCCGGAACAAUUCACGUGCCAUUCGGGAAAUGGCGAGUGCGUGGCAUUAACAUGGAUGUGCGACGACAACGCCGACUGUUCGGACGGUUCAGACGAGGCUGAGUGCAACGACACUUGCCGGUCUGAUGAGUUUACCUGCGCAAACAAGCACUGCAUUCAGCAGCUGUGGGUCUGUGACAACGACAACGAUUGCGGGGAUAACAGCGACGAGAAAGGUUGCGGGGCGAUAACGUGUCAUCCCGGCACUGAUUUCGCGUGUUCCGAGAAUUAUUGCAUAACGUCACGAUGGAGAUGCGACGGCGACUACGAUUGCCCGGAUCGAUCCGACGAAAUAGGAUGCAAGGAGAUUCAGAACGGAAAGAAGAACAGCCACUGCGACAAAGAGUUCGAUUGCGACGAUGGUGUUACUUGCAUCCAUCAGACUUGGGUAUGCGACGGCGAAAAGGACUGUCCCAAUGGUGCGGACGAAUCCCCACAGAGGUGCCACAAUGUGACUUGCAGACCCGAUCAAUUUCAGUGCGAAGACCGACGUUCUUGCAUCUCGGGUCAUCUAUAUUGUAACGGUAAAACCGAAUGCGCUGACGGAAGUGACGAGAAGAAUUGCACGAGCAAAAUCGUAAACUGCGAUCCGCAUAUUCAGUUCGAGUGCAGCGAGGGCUCAUGUAUUCCUCUGGAAAACGUCUGCAACAAAAAUCCAGAUUGCAUCGGCUGGGAGGAUGAAAGCGCCGAGCUCUGUAACGUGAAUGAGUGUGCAAAAAACAACGGUGGAUGCUCGCAGAUUUGUGUCGAUUUGCCUAUUGGUUACCGAUGCGACUGCCGCGCGGGCUAUAGACUUAUUGACAACCGCACAUGCGAUGAUGUUGAUGAGUGCUUGGAACCGGGCAGCUGUUCUCAAUUUUGCCAGAAUGAAAAGGGCGGCUUUAAAUGCAGCUGCGCCACCGGUUAUCUUAAAGAUCCUCGGAAUUUAACACGCUGUAAAGCCGCGGAGGGUCACGCAAGUCUGUUAUUUGCCCGUCGACAUGACAUCCGAAAAGUAGCUUUAGACCGUCAAGAAAUGACCGCCAUCGUUAACAAUACUAAAAUGGCAACAGCUUUGGACUUUGUCUUUCGCACUGGAAUGAUUUUCUGGAGUGACAUCAGUGAGAAGAAAAUUUACAAAGCUCCGAUAGAUGAAGGGAAUGAGCGCACAGUCGUUAUCGAAAACGAUUUCACCACAUCAGACGGAUUGGCAGUUGAUUGGAUUUACAGUCACAUUUAUUGGACAGACUCCGGGAAAGAUACCAUCGAAUUGGCCAAUUUCGAAGGAAAUAUGAGGAAGACUCUGAUACGGGAUCGCAUUCAGGAACCUAGAGCGAUAGCACUGAAUCCAUUGGAGGGUUGGAUGUUCUGGACAGACUGGAGCGACGAGGCUCGUAUUGAGCGUGCCGGCAUGGAUGGCACUCAUCGAUCGGUGAUUGUCGGCAAUGAUGUCAAGUGGCCUAAUGGGUUAGCUUUAGAUUUGAUUGGUAAGAGAGUAUACUGGGUAGACGCAAAACUGAACAUCAUAGGUUCCUGUAAUUAUGACGGUACCGGCAGACGAACGGUUCUGUACUCUCCCGAUAGUCUCAGGCAUCCGUUCAGUAUAACAACCUUCGAAGAUUACGUGUACUGGACCGAUUGGGAUAAGGAAACGAUCUUUAAAGCUAACAAAUUUACCGGCAAGGAAGUAGAAGCCGUAACGUCCAUCAGAACGCUUCAACAUCCGAUGGUAGUUCAUGUAUAUCACCCUUAUAGACAGCCUGACGGAAUGAAUCAAUGUCAGGCUGUCAAUGGACAUUGCAGCCAUCUAUGUUUGCCCGCGCCUAAAAUCAACUCUAGAUCACCACUAUUGUCGUGCGCUUGUCCUGACGGCUUACGGUUAUUACCCGAUGGAUUGAUGUGCGUGGAAAAUGUUACUACAACCAUAGCGCCGUCCACGCAAGCACCCAUGAAGCCGUUCCAGAGGCUCAUGCCUCUUAAUGUUACAACGACUGCCAAUCCGUUAUCCUCAGCAGAAGGAGACGGAAAGGGAAAUUCAACAACUGAAACAACAGAUCCUGGUUUAGUCGCUGGCAUCGUGAUAGGCGUAGUGUCUGUAGGACUGUUAUUACUUGCACUAGUUGCAGUACUAUGCUACAGGCAUUAUCUUCAUCGCAAUGUCACUAGCAUGAACUUCGAUAAUCCCGUCUACAGGAAGACUACGGAAGAUCAAUUUAGUCUUGAGAAAAACAGAUUCCCGCUUCCUGCAGCUACAGUUGGAGAAGAGGCUCAAGAACCAUUGACAAGUCCUGGAACAAAUGAUUAUGUUUAAGACUCAGUAUGUCAAUAUAAAGGAUUUAACAGGCUACUGAAGUAAUAUAUCGACCAAGUGAUAAAAUCAUGUAAAGAAAGACAAGGUAUUUGCGUUGAAAGAGCCUGCCCAAACGCAUCAUGCCUGCGCUCGCUCGCAAGCCUGCCAACCAACUGUGAUUAUGUUAAUUUUUUUUGUAUCUAUUUCUUUACAAACUUUAGCACUUUGUCACUCAAAUAUAAUAUAUAUAUAUAUAUAUUAUGCGUGCAACAUUUAGAUUUGCUCUAGGACGUAAAGGGAGAAAUAUCUAGAGAAAUUGUUGCCAAAUAAGCGAUCUUAUCUUCAUGUAGCCAAAUAGUUUGAUAAGAGCUUAAGAGUCCUAUCUAACAUUUUCUCUAUUUAGUUAAGUAAUAUAUAAUUUGUAAUAUAGAACUUUUUAGAUCGAUUUAGCAUGGCCUGGCGCACGUAGCGUAUGAUUUUACAUGCGCUAUGUAUAUGUAAGAAUAUCAACUUGUUAUUGUUUCAUUAUUUAUUCAGAGAUACACAAUAGACAUUUUUUUGAAUAGAGUUUGUAGGUACGCAAGAUAUUACUUUUUUGAGUAAUAUCUUAUAGGAAUCAUAUGUAAAUAAUACAAAAAAUCUCAAGCGUCUAUUAUUAAAAUUAUUUAAAAAUUUAUUACACGUGGUGUUAAAACGCGAUAUGAAAGUUAUAACAAAUGCAUGCUGUGAAAUAAACUAUCAUCCAACUAAAGUGGAAUAAGAGGCUAUAAUUAUUUUCUUUCAUCUCUCUUGAAUUAUUGUAAUUCUCUGUCUUUUGUUACGUAAGAGAAAAAAAUACACUUUUUAUAAAAGACACAUACAUUUAAUGUAUAUACAUAUAUAUAACCAGAUUCUUUUACUAUUAUAUGUUAGUCUUUUCUCUGUAAUUUAGAUUUAAGACUAUAUUUAUAUAUAAUCCGCUCCGUGUUAAUUAAGAAAGUUAAAACGCGCGAAUUGAUAAAAAAAUAUAUGCUCGGAAGACAUUUCUCCUUUUAUGUCUGUGUAAUGCGUACAAUGCCAUAAAUAUAUGCGACAUAUGAAUAGGCAUAUGUCAGGACUUUCUAGCAACUAUCUCUACAUGGACAGUUCGUAUCAUGAUAAAAAUCGCUCCAUUUACAAAUAUUAUAUUAUUAUUUACGUAGUAAAACGGAAAGAGCAUUGUUGUGACGAUUCGAGCUCAAUGACAGUAAGUGUGACGUGCGUUUGUUAAAAGGGAACUGUUAUCAAGUACUUCAAUCUACUACAGAAAUCAGUGUAUUUGUAUAGAAUUAUUGAGUCGGGCUUGAGAGUUUUAUUUACUAUAUAAAUAUUAAUAUGUAUAUGUAUAUAUGUAUGUACAAAGUGUGGCAAAAAUUGAGUGUAAAAGCUCUGCAACAGAAAGUUAGCAAAAGAUUAAGUAAUGAAAAUUUACAUGGUUUCUUUUUUAUUCUGAGGAAUAAGUUUUUGCAUUACUGAUAUUAAGUAAAACAUUGUGCUGCGAGGAUUUGAGAAAUGGUACAUGAUGUAAUUUUAAACUAGUUUAAAAGUAAGUUUCUAUAUAUAUGUAUAAUCACAGCUUAUAAUUUGAGCAAAUUUCAAAUUAAAUAUUUUUUUUUUUUAAACAAUUUGCUUUCAUUAUUUAAUUUUUGCAAACUUCUACUGUAAUAUUUUUAUACUUGAUUUUUGUAACGCUCUGUAUAUAUUUAAAGGAUGCCCUAGAAAAGAUAUGUAUCAGUACUGUAAAAAUCUUACAACAAUUUAUUUAAAACUUUGUUAUAAUUUAUGCAUAAUAUAUUUUAUAUUUUAAAAUUUAAAACGCACGACUUUCUGCUUUGUCUUUUCAUUUCUGCUAUCAAUAUACUAUUUUCCUUUUUUUUUUGUAAUGAUUAUGUGCGUGUUUACACAUAAUAGAAAAAGUCUGAAAAUCCAGCACAAAUAUUUUUAGAAUAUUCCAAAUAUUAUAUAGACGUAUUUGAUGUAACAGAAGAAAAAGAGAAUUAUAAACAUAAUGAAUACAAUUACAUCAUGUGUACAGUGUGUCUCAUAAUUAUUAGAACUGAAUUUGUAACAAAAAUUAGAAUAGAGCGAUUGUCUAAUGGCUAUAGUAAUUACUUUUUUAAUUCUUAAUUUUAACGAACUUGUUAAUUAAACUUUAAUUAAAUUUCCACUACGAGAAAAUUAUUUCAAAGCACUGCUGAUUUAUAUCUUUCUUUCAAACGUCCUGCAUACAUAUAUGCAUACUUAUAAUACAUUAUAAUAUUACUAUAUUAAUAAUGAUUAAAUGUGAAAAAACAUUUUAUUAGAUAAGAUUAUUAAAAGAUAUAACAUUAGAUUGGUGAAAGAAACUGUGUACGUUGACAGAUAGCAGAUUGUCUCUUAAAAAAUUGUGCCAACAUUUCAAAUAUGUGCCAAAUUGUGUUUCAUGCUUUUGCUGAAACAAAUCUAUUUACAAAUCAAUCAUUUAUACAGUGUAUCAUUUUGUAUGUAGAAAAUGCAUAUAUAUGCACUUUCUUAUCUGGUCUUGUUUCUAUGGGACCAAGGAACUUUAUACAGAAAAUUUUUUAAAUGUUUCUGUGUUUUCUUCUUGAAGAUAAUCUAUAAUAACAUUAAACAAGCAUGAAAAAAAGAAAAACUAAAAGAUUAUGUAUACUUUUGUAAGAAAAUUUACGUAAAUUUACUUGACAAUUUAACUCCUAUAUUGAUUAAUCAAUAUUUUCCUAUGUAAUACCAAGCCAUUGCUACCGAUCAUCCUAUCUACGACCGGCUGUCUGUUAACGAGAACAUGGUGCAAUUACUAAAUGCAAGAAAGCAAAGUCCAAAAUUAAGAUAUAGAGGCUUGGUGGUAAUUUUAAUCAAAAUAUAGGAGUAUGUUGUGUGUGUUUGUGUGCGUGUUUCUGUAUGUGUGAGAGUUGCAGUUAACUGUGUAUGUAAAUCAUAAAGAUAUAACUUGUCCUAGCCAAUUUAUCCGCCAAAAUCGUGUCAAAUAUUAUUUCUAUGCAACGCAUGUAUAUGUACAUAUAUGUAUAAUGAGAUUCUGAAAUAGAUUAUCAAGUUUUGUAGAUAUAUUCUUGAAUCAAUUUAAUAUUGAUCUUGUUUUGGUAGAAAUAUUUAUAUGUUAAUAGUUUAUGAUUUAUUAAAUAAAAAAUUUUUCUAAAUUUAACUUCAAAAGAGAGAAAAAAUAAAUAAAACUAUAAAUCUUCAUCUAAUUUAAAAUUUAAUUUAACGGAAUUUAAAUUUGCAUUUCCUUAAGUUAUAAACACAUAAAUACAUGUAACAAUUAGCAUUUUAAAAAGCAAGUCGUAUUGAAUCAAGUAUUUAAAAAAAAAAAUUAAUUCCAAUUAUUAGAUAUAAUGUAUCUAUAAAACUUGUUAAUUUAUUUUAGAAUCUAUAUACAUAUACAGAGUGAGAAUUAAUGUUUGUAUCUGAAAUAUCUUUGUUAUAUUGAAAGGCAUACGAAAGAUGUGCUUUCGUUUGUUUCAUUUUUCUAAUGAUAAAAAUUAUAUAAAAAGAAUUGACGCUACAUUAAAACAAUUAAAAUAACUUUCAUAUACUGUAUCUUACAACUUCAAUCUCAAGAACUCUCGUAUUUCUUGAAGACAACAAAUUUGUUUGAGAUGCAAACGUCUACAUAUGACGAAUCACUCUAUAUACAUAGAUGGAGUACACACUCGCGCGUACGUAAAUAUACUUUAAAAGAAAUAUACAUAUAAUUUAUUAUAAUAAUUGUAUAAAUAAAGUAUAUAAACUGAAUUACAAGUAAUGCUACGUUAUUAUCACACCUGUGGAAGAUUGUGAAAUGUAAAAUUUGUAAAUAAGCCUAUUUGAAAAUAUAAAUAGUGAAUCACUU